AUGAUUUUUUAUAAUUGUUCUGAUUAUCAUUUUAGGAAAGAUCAAUUAUGUAAUAAAAAUGUUAAUUCAAAAAUUAAAAUAAUUUAUCCUUUUCAUAAGAAUGUAAAAGAAAGGAAAAAAAUAAAUUAUAAUCUGAAGACAUGGUUAUCAAGAUGUUUAAUAAUUGUAUAUACGAUUAUAUUGGUAUAUUCUUAUUUAUUUUGUUUGAAUGUAAUAAGUUGUAAUGUAAAUUCAGAGUUGACUUCAUAUAAAGGAAUUGUAAGAAAAUUAUCUGAAAAAUGUAAAGUCAAUGAAACAUCUUAUGAAAAUUUCAUUGAUCUUAUGUUUUAUGGAAAGAAGAGAAAAAAAAAGGAAUCACAUAAAACUAAAGUGCUUUUUAAUUGGGAACUCUGUAAAUAUCACAUGAGUAACAGGUUAGGCAAUGCUAACGAAUAUUCUAUAGGAGGUGUAAAUUAUAAAAAAUGGGAUUUACAUAGUAUUACGAAUGAGGAUUAUAACGCAUCAGGUGGUAGAAAUCAUAAAAUGUUUUCAACAGUUAUUUCAUCAAAAAGAGGUUUUAAAAAAAAGAAGGUAAAAUUAUUUAUAAAAAAGGUACCUUUGGAUUCAUGGAUUGAAUUAUAUAAUAUGAUGAAUAUUUAUCAUGGAGAGUUUUUAGAAGGGGGAGAAAAUUUUGUAAUGGAAGCAAUGGUUUCAUUAUUUUUAAAUAAAUAUUAUCCUGGAAUUACACCUAAAUUUUAUAAUUUAUUAUAUGAAUCUGAAAAUGAUUAUAGUGAAUUGAAUGGUUUAAAUGAAUUGAUGUUUUGUGAUAUAGAUAUAUUUAAAAAUGAGCUAACUAAAAUUAGAAAUAGGUAUAAAAAUGGUUAUAUUGUAAUGAUAUGGAAAUUUUAUGGUCAAAAUCUAAGAGAAUUUUUAGAUUCAGAAAAAGAAAAUUUAGUAAUAACAAAACAAAGAAAAAUAAUUCUUUAUGAAUGUUUAAAAUUAAUAAAUAACUUACAUAAAGCAGGUUUGGCUCAUUUAGAUAUUUCUCCUGAAAAUAUAUUGAUUGGAGAAAAUUAUGAAAUGCGUUUAUGUGAUUUUGGUAAAACUACACCUCUUUAUGUUAAUAAUAAUAUAAAUGAAGAUAAUAAAAAUCAUCUUGAAAGAUUUCGGUCUUAUUUACCAUAUGUAGGAAAAAUUAGAUAUAAACCACCUGAAUGUUGGAACAUAAAAAAGAAAUAUAUGACGUUAGAAAUAAAAAAUCCAUUACUUUACAUAAAAUCUUUAAAGGAUUAUGAAUAUAAAGAGACAUUUUAUUUUGAUGUUCUCGCAGCUGAUAUAUAUAUGCUUGGAAUUUUAUUCAUAUGGAUUUCGAGUAAUAGAUAUUUAUGGGGGACUUCCGAUAUGUCUGAAAAUAAUAAUUUUGUAAAAUUUGUUAAUAGUGGUAUGAACUUUGAUAUAUUUCCUUUAACUAGAGAAUGGCCGGAUGAAUUAAAAUAUAUCAUUAAGAAAUUGUUAGAUUAUGAAAGUAGGAAGAGUUUAGAUUUAAAUGAGUUGAUAAAACAUCCAUGGUGGUCGACAGAUUUGUAA